CUAAUUUGUUUUAACAUAAUAUUUGAUUUUGGGACGGUAGCCUUGGAAGAUACAUUCAUAAAUACCAUGAAAAGAAGCGAUUUUAGUGAAGCUUAAAACACACCAGCCUUUAAAACAACUUUUGCUGGCCUGGUGAUCAGCAACACAAGAUUAUGUGCUAUAGACAGCUUGAACUAGAAUAAUGAAAUACCACCUUUGUUUUUACUUUAGUUUUCUGUGGCUGCUGUAGUUAGUAUGUUCUUGGGGUAAAGAAAAGGGGCAGAAAUUUCCAUCAGUGCCCAAACUGUUACAGGAUGCUUUUGUUGCUUGAGUGUGUGAACUCUUCUGCUGUUUGUUGUCUUUUGCUGUGAAAUGAAUAAGUUACACAGGGCAUCAUGCAUAACAUCUCGUUCUUUUCUACAGACCUUGCUUGCAUGUACAAGUUGUUUAGUCGUGUGCCAAACGGUCUGAAGACAAUGUGCGAGUGCAUGAGCUCGUACCUGAGAGAGCAAGGCAAAGCACUAGUUUCUGAAGAGGGAGAAGGAAAGAAUCCAGUUGACUACAUUCAGGGUUUACUGGAUUUGAAGAGUAGGUUUGACCGCUUUCUUCAAGAGUCUUUCAAUAACGACCGACUCUUCAAACAGACUAUUGCGGGUGACUUUGAAUAUUUCCUCAACCUCAACUCUAGGUCUCCAGAGUACCUCUCAUUAUUUAUUGAUGAUAAGCUGAAAAAAGGAGUCAAGGGACUAACAGAGCAAGAAGUAGAAACUAUCUUGGAUAAAGCAAUGGUUUUAUUUAGGUUUAUGCAAGAGAAAGAUGUUUUUGAGCGGUAUUAUAAGCAGCACUUGGCAAGAAGACUUCUUACAAACAAGAGUGUUUCGGAUGACUCUGAGAAAAACAUGAUAUCUAAAUUAAAGACUGAAUGUGGAUGUCAGUUCACAUCUAAACUGGAAGGAAUGUUCAGGGACAUGAGCAUCUCAAACACGACGAUGGAUGAGUUCAGGCAACAUCUGCAGUCGACUGGGGUCUCAUUAGGUGGCGUUGAUCUUACAGUGCGGGUUCUCACAACAGGUUACUGGCCAACCCAGUCAGCCACACCAAAGUGCAACAUCCCUCCAGCUCCCCGACAUGCUUUUGAAAUAUUUAGAAGAUUUUAUUUAGCCAAACACAGUGGACGACAGCUGACACUCCAGCAUCACAUGGGUUCUGCAGAUCUCAAUGCCACUUUUUAUGGGCCAGUUAAAAAGGAAGAUGGCUCCGAGGUUGGCGUUGGAGGUGCCCAAGUAACUGGCUCAAAUACACGGAAGCACAUAUUGCAGGUGUCCACUUUCCAGAUGACAAUAUUAAUGCUCUUUAACAACAGAGAAAAAUACACCUUUGAGGAAAUUCAACAAGAAACUGACAUCCCUGAAAGAGAACUGGUCAGAGCCCUACAGUCCCUUGCGUGUGGCAAACCAACACAACGUGUUCUCACAAAAGAGCCCAAAUCGAAAGAAAUAGAAAAUGGACAUAUAUUUACAGUGAAUGAUCAGUUCACAUCUAAACUACACAGAGUGAAGAUUCAGACAGUUGCUGCCAAACAAGGAGAAUCUGAUCCAGAAAGGAAAGAAACAAGGCAGAAAGUAGACGAUGACAGAAAGCAUGAGAUAGAAGCUGCUAUAGUUCGGAUAAUGAAAUCUAGAAAGAAGAUGCAACACAAUGUGCUAGUAGCAGAGGUAACUCAGCAGCUGAAGGCCCGAUUCUUACCAAGUCCAGUUGUUAUUAAAAAACGUAUUGAAGGACUUAUUGAGAGAGAAUAUUUGGCACGAACACCUGAGGAUCGCAAAGUAUACACUUACGUAGCAUAAAAUGCGUUCAGAAAAUUGAUUUACUCUUGGACUGUACUCUUCGCAUGAACUGGGAAGUUCUUUUAAAUCAUUAAUAUUAAGACGACCAUCUCUUCUAUUAAAUUACAAUACAUGUUCUAGACCAUUCAGAUCAAGCCUUUUACUCCUUUUGAGAGUUUUCAACAUGAAUUGAUUGAGCUUCAGGCUUUUCAACGUUAUCCCUGUAGAGAUCAUCCUUACAAUUCUUUGGGAAAAUGUGAAUGUGCCGCGUUUGUUUUCAAUACUGUAUGAAAACAGAAAAAUAAAAACAAAUUUAGAAAAUACAGCUCAUUAAAAAAAUAAAAUUGUUGGAAUUUCAUUUCCCCAGAUCUUCA